AUCGUGUAGUAUUUAGCGAAAAAAGUUUUCAAACCCGUAAAAGAUGUGUGAUGUUGCUUAAUUUAAAAGUGUGUUGGUGUUUUCGGAUUUUUCUUUGAGUCUGGUACAUGACGUUGGCUUCUAAUUUUGGAAAGGUUGCACAUUUUGGAAGCUUGAAAAGGCAUUAUCCCGCAUUCUAAUAGUAAAGCAAGCCUCACUAUUUCCUGCGAUUUGAGGAUUAUUCUAUAAUGGCUCCAAAAACACCAGCCCAUUCCAAAUCGGAAGAAACACCAGUGCAAGUCGCUAUUAGAGUGCGUCCCUUGUUGCCUAAGGAAAUCCUGCAUAAUCAUGAAAGUUGCAUCACGGCAGACCCCUUGAACAAGCAACUCACACUGGGCUAUGACCGCCAUUUUGAAUUUGACUUUGUUUUUGAUGAUUCCAGUGAUCAAGAAGAAAUAUACAGCACUUGUGUGCAGCCCUUAGUUGAUGCUUUUUUUCAAGGAUUCAAUGCUACAAUCUUUGCAUAUGGACAGACUGGUUCUGGAAAGACAUAUACCAUUGGAGAAGCAAGUAUAUCCUCUUUUAAUGAUGAGAAGCAGGGUAUCAUUCCACGUGCCUUGGCUGAGAUCUUCAAGUUACUGGAUGAAAAUGACCUCAGUGAUUUUUCUGUCCGGGUGUCCUAUCUGGAGGUGUACAAGGAGGAAUUUCGUGACCUUCUGGAAGUGGAUACAGCUAGUAAAGAUAUCCAGAUUCGAGAGGAUGACAAGGGUGGCAUCUUUCUGUGUGGAGUAAAAGAGUCUGAAGUAGAAGGUCUUGAUGAAGUUUUAAGUCUGUUGGAGAUUGGUAAUACUGCCAAGCACACUGGGUCUACCCAAAUGAAUCCAAGUUCUAGUCGCUCACACACUAUCUUCACUGUGUUCAUGGAUCAGCGUCGAGGAGGCCUGAGAACUGAUGGUGUUAACUCUCAAAUUCUAAUGUCCAAAUUUCACUUUGUGGACCUAGCAGGCUCUGAGCGAAUCCUGAAAACAGGGAACACAGGGGAAAGACUGAAAGAAAGCAUCCAAAUAAAUAGUGGUCUGCUUGCUUUGGGUAAUGUUAUUGGGGCCUUAGGUGACCCCAAGAGAAAAGGCACUCACAUUCCUUAUCGAGAUUCCAAGAUUACAAGAAUUCUUAAGGAUUCCCUUGGUGGAAAUGCCAAGACACUUAUGAUUGCAUGCAUUAGUCCUUCUUCCUCUGAUUUUGACGAGAGUCUAAACACUUUAAAAUAUGCCAAGAGAGCCCAAAACAUUCAGAAUAAGGUUACAAUAAACUGCCGUAAAGAUGCUGAUCGAACAGAGGGACUUGAGCAGCAAAUACGUGCCCUUCGUCGUGCCCUGGAGAACCGACACCGGUCUGAAACUCGCAUUAUUGCUCGGAAAGAUCAGGGAAGAGUUAAAUGGAGAGCUGGAAGUGAAUUCAGUAAAUUGCAGAUAGAGUGUGCCCAUUACAGAACUUGCACUGAUGCAGCGUACAAGUUAUUUAUGGAACUUCAGGCAGAAGGGACGCUGAACCCUGGACAAAUCUUGAGGGUAAAAGAAUGGCUCUGUGCAGUAGAGGAAGAGCGCAGUGAGUUGACCACAGCCUCUGGGCCAGACAGUGGGAUUGAAAGUACAUCAGCAGAGGAUGCAGCAGCAGAUACUUUGAAGAAAUUAAAUAUGCCUAGAUAUGAAGGCCCUGACCAAGGCUGUAUAUCAUGCAGUGCCAAUCAGGAUGAAUGCAUAGCUCAACUUAAAGCUCAUAUACAGCGACUAGAGGAAGAGAAUACUGAUUUUUUGGCAGCCCUUGAAGAUGCAAUGGAGCAGUACAAACAGCAAAGUGAUAAGCUCCAGGAGCAGCAGGACUUCAUUAGUGAAAUGCAAAGUCAGACAAUUAAACCAGCUCAGUCUCUUUCAAAUUUGUUGGGAACUAUUCAUUUGGUGGAUCUCAAAAGACGACCGCACACUGCUCCUAUGGAUUCAGCAUGCUUCUGCACUUCUAAUAGGAUGUUUUUAAAUGAGGAAAAUGAUAAAAGUAAUCCUGAAAAGAUCCCUAGAGUUGUUUGCAGAGAGUAUCCUCGGGUUGGAGUGCAGUGUUGUAGUCGAUGUUUGUUAGAGCGAAAAGAUGAGUGGGAGGCACUUCCAGAAUACACCAAAGCUGCAGAUGCUGCAUACAGAAGACCAGAAAAGAGUAGCGGAGAGGAGAACUUAGAACAAAUGGGGAAAAAACUCAGGACAUUGAGUCUGACAUGGACCAAGAAAGAGAUGUCAUCAGCUGGUAUGGAAGACGGCUUGAUGACGGAUCCUUUCCGAGGUCCCGAAAAAACAGACUUGGAGCCUAAGAAGAAUGAUCAAUUUGAGUACACCGACAGCAUUCCGCAGAAUCCAGGAGUCAGUGAGAGGUACUUGGAUUGGGGCCUUCUUCAAGCUCAGCAGAAGAUUCGUGAAUUGGCAAUCAAUAUUCGUAUGAAAGAAGAACUAAUUAAUGAGCUUGUUAAAACUGGUAAAGAUGCCCAAGCCAUGAAUAAGCAGUACAAGAGGAAGAUCAUAGACCUUGAAAGAGACGCUGAGCAAGCCAGGACAGAAUUGACAGAAGCUCAGAGACAGCUACAAGAUAUAGAGCUAAGAGAACCAAGAGACCCUGUUGAGAGAUCCAAGGUGCAAGAGUAUCACAGAAAAAUUGCAGCAGCACAAAGCAAAUUUCAGGUGAUUAAGCAGAAGCGCCAGGACACUGAACGUCUAGCCUCACUCUCUCUGCAGAGUGAAAAGCGUGUUUUGGAACUUGAAAAAAAUAUACAACAUAUGCGUCAGCAGCAGGACCAUCUUCAACGAAGAUUGCGAGAGGAGAGCAAUCAAAAACGUCGCUUGGAGAGUGAGAUGCAACGUGGUAAACAUCGUGUUAAGGAGUUAGAAAUAAAGAAUGAGCAGCAAAAGAAAAUCCUGAGGAUCAAGACAGAGGAAAUAGCUGCCUUCCAGAGGAAGAAACGCAGUGGGAGCAAUGGCUCUGUGAUCUCUCUUGAAGAACAGCAGAAGAUUGAGGAGCAAAAACGCUGGCUGGAUGGAGAAAUGGACAACAUAUUGGAACAACGCCGGGCACUGGAGGAGCUGGAGGGGGAGCUGAUCAGAAGAGAAGAUAUUCUUGCCAAAAAAGAGGCACUGCUACAAGAGAAGAGUGGACUAGAGACAAAAAGGCUACUUUCUAGUCAGGCCCUGAAUAAGGAUCUGAUGCUUCUUUCAACUCGCAUUGAGACCCUAGAACAUGAACUCAGUGAGAGAAAUGGUCUACUUCGUAGCAGUAGUGCUCAAGAUUCUCAACAAAUCCGACAAGAAAUCUCCAGCCUGCGACUAGAGAAGGACCAACUGCUGAAACAAAGAACAGAGCUAGAUGAGAAACUAAGACAAGGCAAUCUUCUCUCCCCAGAGGAGGAACGAACCCUGUUUCAGCUUGAUGAAGCAAUUGAAGCUUUGGAUGCUGCAAUUGAGUACAAAAAUGAAGCUAUCACUCAACGACAACGUGUGCUACGAGCAUCUGCUAGCAUGCUUUCCCAAUGGGAGAUGAAUCUGAUGGCCAAACUCAGCUACCUGUCUGCCUCAGAAACCCGUGCCUUACUCUGUAAAUAUUUUGAUAAAGUUGUGUGCUUACGAGAGGAGGAGCGUAAACUUCAGGUCACACUUGCAGAAUUAGAGAUGCAUAAUGAAGAACAGCAACAACUUGUAUUGUGGUUGGAGGCAGCACUUGAGAGACAGAAGUUAGAUACUGACAGGCGACUCACUCAGCAGCAGAAAGAGCAUGAAAGGAAUAUCCAGCUCUUGCUGCAGCAGUGUCGAGAGCAAAUGGAUGAGGGACUAGCUGGCAGCCAGAGACAUUAUGAGGUAUUAAUCAGCAGCCUUGGAAAAGAGCUCCACCAGUACAAGUGGGUGAAUCAGGAGCUUGCAAACAGACUCAGAGAGGCCUUGAGAAACGCCAGUCACCCAGGAGAUCCUGUAAAAGUUACAGGUGCCUCAAGGCUUCAGAUGUGUGGGGAGAAGUUGCCCCUUGUUGCAAGACCUGAAGAAGGCAGGAAUAUGAGUGGAGACACAUUUGGAGGCCAAGGAAAGCUGACAAAAUCAAAAGAAGAUAUGUAUGUUCCUCUGCCCCCUUCAUGGAGGCGUUCAUCCUUCCCAAAUGAGGACCAUGCAGGAAUGGAAGACCUGGCACACGGGGUGACGUCUGAAAUCCCUGGAAGCAAUGUGGUGCAUCCACUUGCUGGACCUGGACACUGGGUUGCAUCUGCGCCAAUUGCAUUAAACAAAACUAAGCGUGAGCUUCGUAGGUCUAGUCUAAAUGCUAACAUUUUAUCUUCCAACUGUGGUAUUAUUGAUGUACGGAAGAAUCCCCUGUGAAAAGACUGAGAAGUAAUUUCAGCAAAAUUUGUUUUGGAAGAUGAUGAACCACUGAAAUUUUAAAAUUUCUUUUCUAUGAUAUAUUUUUGAACAUCCCAGAACUCUUACAAAGUGUGGCCAAAUGCAUGACCAUAGAAAAGCAAAAUGUGCAUGUUACUUUACUGUGAAUGAGUGUGGCACUGCAGUGCCAUCUAGUGUGUCAGUGUUACAACCUGCCAUUUCUUAAAGAUAUUCUGAACAAAAUUAUAAAUUGCAGCACUGCAUUGAAAAAUUACUCUGCUAUUCCAAUAAGUAUAUGUAUUCACAUUUCAAAAAGUUAUCUACAUUUGUAGAAUGGUACAUGACUUAAAAAAAAAAAAAAAAAAAAAAGUUAUUUUUGAUACAGAAUAGAAUAUGACAUUUUAAUCCAACUGUAUAAAAAUCGUUACAGGUCAUUAUUUAGUCUUUGUGUCAGACAUUACUUUUAAUGUUUUGUACUGUCAAUUACUUUGUACACUUAAGUCCCUUCUGCGAUCUGUACAGGGGAGGAGUUGACUUAUAAUAAUUGAUUAGACUCCAAAACUUACAAAAAAAACAUAUGAUGCAUCAUUGAAUUUA